AUGGCAACCGUGACUGCUCCCUCCCCUGAAUCAUCUUCUCAGCAGCCACCUCCAGACGACGACAGCCCACCUUCUGAUUCAACAACCCCACCACCUCCCAACCAAACAUCACCCCCACCUGCCCCCGUCGUCGCCUCAUCUCCUCCACCCCCACCUGCCCCCGUUGCCGCCUCGUCUCCUCCACCACCUGCUCCCGUCGCCUCAUCUCCACCUCCACCAACACCUCCACCCCCAGAAGCAUCAUCAGAGCCUCCGCCGGCUUCUUCACCUCCUUCCCCUGAAAAGCAUAAAUCACCACCCUCCAAUACUCCUGUUCCCGUCUUUAAUCCGUCUCAACCACCUCCCACCGUCGUAAACUCCCCUCCUACCAAGUCCUCCGGGCACAAUGGCAAGACACUCACUCCGCCAUCUGGUAAACCCAAAUCAAAGGAGUCUUCGUCGGAUAACAGUACAGGCAUUGCUGUGGGAGUUACCGUAGCCGGAAUCGUCAUCAUUUCCAUGGUUAUCAUUUGUCUUGUUUGUUUGUCAAGGAAGAAGAAGAAAAGACCCUACUAUGAUCCUUCUCCGCGCGGUGGUGGUGGCGGUGGCGUUGCAGGUGUUUAA